AUGAUUUCCACCACUUCAUCAUCCUCCAAGUGGUUGGUUGCCAUGUUGUUGGUUGCCUUGUUCGCCAUGUGCUCCUUCGCCAUGGCCCAAGCAACCACUCAAACCGCUGCAACCGAAGCAGUAAAAGCCACUCCAAUCGUAAAACCCACUACGGUCGUGAUCAAGAAAAAGCCUACGCUCGUUGCUAAACCAAAGAAGAAGAGAGUGGUAAGAAGAAGACGCGUUGCUAGAAAACUCAAGAGAUGCCGCAAGUUGGCUCGUAGAGCUAAGAAGUUGGCUGCCCGUGCUUCUAAAUUGGCUAAACUCGCUGCAUUGAAGGCUAAAAUUGCUGCUGCAAGAAAGACCAAGAAGGUUAGAAAGAGUGCCAAGAGAGUUGCAAGAAAGGCCAGAAAGGCUGCCAAGAGAGCAAGACGUGUUGCAAAGAGAGCUCGUCGUUGUGCCAAGAAGGCUUCCCGAAAGUAUGGAAAGAAGGCAACCAGAAAGUUGAGAAGAAGAGCUAGAAAGGCUGCCAAGAAGGCAAAGAAAGCAGCAAAGAAGGCCAAGAAGAGCACAAAGAAGUCAAGAAAGACUGUGAAGAAGGCUGUGAAGAGGGCUGUGAAGAGGGCAGCUUUGAAGAAGAGAAGAGCUGUUAGAAGAGCAAGAAAGACUGCUAGAAAGAUCAGAAGACAAAAGAGAAGAGUUGCUAGAAGACUCAGAAGAGCUUUAAAGAGAGCUAGAAAGGCUUCCUCCAAGAAGGCCAAGAAAGCUGCUAAGAAACUCGCAAGAAAACUCAGAAGAACAGUCAGAAAGCUCGUCAAGAAGGCAAAGAAGGCAACCAGAAAGGUCAAGAAGCAAGCAAAGAAGGCAAGAAAGGUUGCUAAGAAGGCCAAGAAGAUUGCUCGAAGAGUUAAGAGACACAGAAGAACCUGCAGAAGAGGAAGAAAGCCAAGAAAGGUCGUCAGAAGAAGAAAGAUCAGACGUGCCUUGAAGAAGAGAGCUAAGAAGUGUAAGAAAUCAAGAAGAGCUACCAAGAAGUCUGCUAAAAGAGUUAGAAAGCUCGCCAAGAAGGUCAAAAAACUCCUCAGAAAAGCUAGAAGAGUCGCUGCCAAAAAGGGAAAGCGCUCUGCUAGAAGAGCAUUGAAGAGAGCAAGACGUGCAUUGAAGAGAGCCAGAAGAGCUGCCAAGAAGGCUGCCAAGAGAGCAAGAAAGGCCUGCAGAAGAUAUAAGAGAAAGGUCAGAAAGGCCAGAAAGAUCUGCAGAAAGCUCACUAAGGCUAAGCGUGCCAAGAUAGCAAGAAAGAUCAGACGUGCUUUGAAGAAGAUGAAAAGCAACAACAAGAAGAAGUCCGUCAGAAGAAAGCUCGUCUUCAAGUUGAGAAAGUUGUACAAGUGUUAA